CGCUUGGGCAUUCUACCAACACAAAGAAUAAGACAUGGGAUCUGCGAAAAAGAACACAAAAAAGACGACCAAGCCUCCCAACAACAAAGCAGCAUCAGCAGCAAAGGCAGCUACUGCCAAGUCAGGAAAAAAGAAGAACAGUACUACUAAAUCCAAAGAUCCGCUGGAUAAUUUGCCCGAUUAUGUUGCAGUGCCUGAAGCAGAGGACAAAAAUGUCGAGAUCUCGGAAGAGGAUCUGGCAUUUUUCGCUGAGAACCAAGACUGGAAGUUUUUGAAGUCAAUGGAUUCGAAAGCUAUUACAAAGAACGAGAUGAAAAAGAAAGCAGUAGAAGACAAAAAGAAGGCCAAAAAGCGUGCACAGACAACGAUUCCUGAUCCAGCCACCGCAGAAUUGACGUCCUCGGACGAAGACGAUUAUAACGAUGACGAUCUCGAAGAUUUUGACGAGGAUGAUCUCCCAAGUAUCAAUGGUAGCUCAGUUAAUGGCGAGGAACUUGAUCUUGCUAGCGUCGGCGAGAAUGAAGUAGCGAGUAGCGACGAAGACGACGAUAUGGACGAUGAUCUGUUGGACGAUAAUUUUGAUGACAUCAGCGAUGACGACGACGAUUUGGACGAUUUGGACGAGGAAGAAGAAGAUCAACAACGACCUGCUAAAAAGAAGCGGAAACAGCAAACCGAAUCUGAUGAAGAAAUGGAUUAUGAAUUAAAGCCACGCAAAGUCGCUGGUGAAUGGAUGAAGAAAGAUUAUCACAACCGAUUGCCUGUCAAGUUACCUGGUGGUAAAAUCGCCCAGGUGCAGCCUGAUUUUUCGGAAGAAGAAAAGAGUGAUCGUGAAGAAGGGCAAGUCGAAGAAGAGAAAGAAGAAGAAGUCGACGAGGCUGAAGAGCUUGUACCCGAGGAACCUGCGCGCAAACUUACGAAAAAAGAAUAUUUGCUGGCAAAGAAAGAAGAGUUGGCACAAGCAGCAUCUACUAUCCAAGAAGAUCCAGAAUCAAAUGCUGGUAUGCUGAAAACGCUUAAGAAUAUUGCCAAGGACGAUAAUCCCACUGUCAAGAAGCUGGCUCUUCUCACCCAACUUGCUGUGUACAAAGAUAUUAUUCCUGGGUAUCGUAUUCGCCCGCUUACUGAGAAAGAAGAGGCCGUCAAAGUCUCUAAAGAAGUGAAAAAGCUGCGUGAAUUUGAAAAAACACUGCUGAGCAAUUACGAGUCUUACCUCAAGGAUCUUGAUUCUUUAUUAAAAGCCCAAAAAGGACGAGAAGAGGAUGUUUCAUUGUCACUUGUGGCAACGCGCUGCUUGUGCGAACUCUUAACCACCAAGACGCACUUCAACUUUCGUCUCAAUAUAAUGGUCACGAUUGUUUCGCGGAUGAGCACUGUUAACUGGAAUGAGAUUGCGAAUAUGUGCUGCAAGGCAAUUAUAAACGUAUUCGAAAACGAUGAAUCAGGACGCACGUCUCUGGACGCUGUCACAAUGAUCACGCGAAUGAUCAAAUCGAAAAACUACUCUGUCCACGAAAAUGUGAUCAACUCCUUUUUGCACCUGAGACUCAAGGACGAGUUAGCCCCACCUUCAGCCCAAUCCGACAAGGAUGAUGAUCAGCGUGGCAAGAAGCGCAAGAAACAGUUUUUGAACAAAAAGGCCCGCAAGGCACUCAAAGAAACCAAGGAGAUUGAAAAGGAAUUUAAAGAGGCAGAGGCAGUUGUCAGCAAGGAAGAAAAGGAGAAGAAUCACACCGAGACGUUAAAGCAGAUGUUUGCUUUUUACUUCCGAAUCCUCAAGAAGCAGUCGAUGUCGCCACUCCUCCCGGCUGUAUUACAGGGACUUGCCAAAUUUGCGCAUUUGAUCAGUGUGGAUUUCUUUGAUGAUUUGUUGAACGCGCUCAAGACUGUAUUAGAGAACCUGGAUCACAAAAGCAGUGGCGGCACAGCGGGUGCUGGUACGCGCAAACGGUUGCUUUGUAUCAUCACUGCGUUUGAGUUACUUUCCGGACAAGGUGAAGCACUCAGCUAUGAUCUCAAAGCAUACUAUGCCGAAUUAUAUGGCAUUCUCUUUGAGGCUGCGUUUCACUACAUGGUAGAAGAUAAACCUAGCGUCGAACACCUGUCAGAAAGCGAAAUGUUGACGCGUGGAUUAGAACUCAUGUUCUUGAAAAAACAACAAGUGCCUGUAAACCGAAUGGCAGCUUUCGUGAAGCGAUUUUCCGUUGUGGCACUCAACAUGCCAAACAAAACUGUCAUGAACUGUCUGCAACUGGUAAAACGACUGAUUAAUAAAGAUCGACGGUUAGAUGCUCUGAUACAAUCAGAAGAUCGAGCCGCAAGUGGCGUUUACAUGCCAUACCUUCAAGACCCGGAUCUGUGUAACCCAUUUGGGACCAGUUUAUAUGAGCUUUUCCUGUACAAGGUAUAACUUUUAUGGGGAGAGCGGGUGUAUGGAUGUACGGAUUGGGGGACCGGUUAGGAAAUGUUAUGAGGAAGAAAUGGGCGCUGCUGAAAGAUUUGAGCUGAUAGUAGUAAAAAGUAGCCCUAAAUGCUAACUCCCUACUCUUUUCUUGCGAUUGUACAUACUUCUGUCUGUCUAUAUAGGAUCAUUAUGACCCUGCUAUCCGGGCAUUAGCGCAAUCUAUUCAGCAACCACCCGAAACUGCAUGAUUUACUUUGUCUUUACCAUCUUAAAUUUAUUCUAUAGUCAUCAUCAUUAUCACAUUAAGUUUAUUUCUGCACGAAACAUAAAAAGAAACAUGAAAUAUCUCGAUUUAUCGAGAUU